UUGAAGUCUACAGUUCCAACCAAGCGAGUCAAGAUGUUCGUCAAGUGCUUUCUUCUGCUAUUGGCAAUCAACUUCCUGUCCGCAGGACGAGCUCCCCAACCGGAAGAACGCAUCAUCGGUGGAAAAGAUGUUGAAAUAGAAGAAGCUCCGUGGCAGGUGUCCAUACAAUUUAGAGAACAACAUUAUUGUGGUGGCUCUAUUUACAGCAAGGACAUUAUAAUCACUGCUGCUCACUGCCGCUUUAAUGAAACAGGAGAAGAAAGACUUGAACCCAAACACUUUCAAGUUCGCGUAGGAUCCGCACUGAAAAACAGCAAAGGGACUCUAAUCAAAGUGAAAGCAAUUAUAUCACACGAGAAGUAUAACAACCCGAAAUUUGCAAACGACAUUGCUGUAAUGCGACUAAGUGAGCCACUCGAGUUCUCAAGCAAAGUGCAGGCGAUCCCCUUAGCCAAAAGAAAUCCGUCACGUGGAACUCUUGCGAUCACUACUGGUUGGGGAGCAUGGAAAGUAAUACCUUUUGGAGAGGAAUACGCAAUAAAAUUAUAUCCCGAACAACUUCAAAGCGCACACCUUAAUAUUCAAAACUGUUUGCAAUAUCGUAACACCACUGAUGAUAACGUUUGUGGCCAUUCAUUCGAACAAUCGGCUUGUUCCGCCGAUUCUGGUGGACCUUUGGUUGUUGACCACCAACUUGUCGGUGUUACCUCAUUUGCUCCUGCUUUUUGCGAUGGCUUCGCGGCCUUCGCAGGUAUCCCUUCUUUCCGGAACUGGAUUUUAAAUGCCACUAAGUUUAUUUAGAUGUUUAUCUUUAAAAAGACACCGCAAAAAACAACAAUCAGUAAAAAGUAAAAGUCAAAGUAAAGUAAAUGUAAAAAGUAAAUCAUUAAAAUGGAUUUUUGGUUUGUUCAAGGGUGUUUUUUAAUUUUAAAGAAUAAAAAAAUUAACUAAAUUUUUCUUAUUAUAAGCGUUUUAAGUGGUGCUGAGGAAUUAUUUUAAUCAUUUUACCAGUUUAAAAAAAAGUAAGUCGAAAAUAAAUUUUUAUAAAAAACGA